AUGGCGGACAGUCACAGGCAAUUCGACGUAGUGGCUAAGCAUCAGACAAUACUGAAGAAAGGACAUGGUCCCUUUGUCUCUAUUAAGAGAUGCACAGUGUGCUGCAGAAAAUACCACUGUGCCUACUGUAAAUUGGUGUAUAACCAUUUGAAUGAGGUACAGAAUCAUGUAGUAGAUCAUGUUCGAGUUGCAGUUCAUCAUGAAGAUUUUGUCAUCAUAAAGUGCAGUCUAGACUGCAGACAAGCAGCACAUUUUCACUGUUGCUACUGCACAUCAACAUUAAUCAGAAGGGAUGCUCUGAUUAAACAUAUAACAAGUUGCAAAAAUACAUCAUCCAGGCAGCCUCUACCCACAGCGCCAGCAGCACCACCACCUCCUUCCCCAGCAGCAGCACAACCUCCUCCAUCUCCUUCCCCAGCAGCAGCACCACCUCCUCCAUCUCCUUCCUCAACAGCAGCACCACCUCCUCCAUCUCCUUCCCCAGCAGCAGCAGCACCACCUUCUCCAUCCCCAGCAGCACUACUUCCAUCCUCAGCAGCACUACUUCCAUCCCCAGCAGCACCUCCAUCCCCAGCAGCAUUACUUCCAUCACCAGCAGCACCAUCGUCAGUAGUAAGAUUAUGCGUCCGGCAGCAAGUCAGGGUGACUUGCACACAAUGUGGCAUUCAAAUAAAUAAAAGGAACUUGCUGGUUCACAUUAACAGAAAACACAGGCAAAGGGUAACUGAAAUUUCAGCUAAACGGCACCUGUCAAGCCAAUGCAUUGAUGCCAAAAAUGCCAUCUUUGCUGUUGAUAAAUCAUUCUUUAAGCCUUGCUCUCCUAUACAUGUUCAGAAAAAAACAUGGGGUGCAAGCCAAAACAUAAUCUGUGAACUGGAUGAAUGCAAGGCAAAUGUUGAAUGUGCAGUCAGGAGUGGAAUUCUUCCUUAUGAGUGCAUACAUCUAAAGUCUUUGCUCUUCUGCCCUCGAAUGGACAACGUAUACAUCACUUUGGAGGAGGAGGUGCUGUCAGAAAUGGUUGCUGCGAAGAUAUUUGGGGACAUAAGGAAGCAAAGCUGCUUAAACCGUCAAAAAGCAGCUGCUGAUGCAGAUGUUCCACUUUCUGUUGAGGUGACUGUUGGAGGGCCUCCUUCUAAAAAGUCUUUUUCAAUAUAUGAGCCGAAGAUAUCACGCCACAGCAGACUAGGCAGGGUAAUAGCAGCAUAUGAUUCUAAAAAGAAUUCCUGGCACUGCCCAUGUGCCAAACCAAGACAGUCAUGUCUCCAUAAAACAGUUGCUAAAUGGCAUCUUUUUAAAACUGACCGACAUCUGUUCAGGACUAUAGAGAGUGAUACCAGGUCAGAUACAGUUGAGAUUCAUGAUGACAACACAAGUUCAUGAAUUCAAUGCAAGACCAGGUGGAGGUGAAGGGCCACCAUAUCCUCCUGAUGAUGCAGGCCUCCAGAGGAUGUAAACAACUUGUUUUACCCUGUGAUAAUCAUUGUCUUUAAUUUGUAGGCUGUUCAUUUAAAACAAAUAAUGUUUUUUACAGGUGUGGAGAGUGACAGAAGAGUACUUUCGCUUGACGCCAAGAACCCAUGUGGUUUGGAGAUUGCUGUUAACUUGAUGUUUUCAGGUUUUGCAUGGUUCCGUUUAGUUUAAACUUCUAGGGCAAACUCCAGGCUUUUCAUAUAUAGGUUUGUUUUCAUUCUUAUCUUUUGACCUGAAAAACCUUGCUGUGCACUCAUGCCAGUGCCAUUAAUUGAUAAAUUCACUAAUAAGAUAUAAAAGACAGCUACACACGUCGGUCUUUGAUAACUGGAGUUUACCCAUUAUUAUGGCAGUUCCGUUUGAGACCAUACUUUUACUUUUCAGCCAGUUCUGGUUAAUGUUUCCAGAAUUUGUAUUUUUACAGUUUUGUCAUAUAGUUAAACCAAACCACUGGCUGUAAUGAAGAGGUGUAGUUCUGUUUUAAACCCCAAUUCUUAUUAUAUGUGAGGGGUAAUCCAGGGCUAAAGUUCAUUAAAUUAUUUUAAUGUAUGACAUGGAGGUUAAGAACCACCCGAAGCCAAGCCCACAGAUGUGAAAACAGGUGAGUGUUUAAUGCACACCUAGGUGUGGAUUACCCCACUUAUACCAUGGUCUUGCCACAAUUAGUAAAGUUAAAGCUGUCAUUGAUUUUGAUAUGAUACUGUCAGUGUCUGUCUAUGCAAACUGUCUGGAACUACCUGUGCGGUAAACUGUUUUAAUCCACACCACCUUCCAGCCUAUCAGAAUCCAGUAUUGAGACUGACCGUGGUAUAAUACAAUAUGAUCAACUUUGUUUUUUGCUAACAUGUGACAGCUCCAAAAGAUAUAUUGUUGUAUAAUAAUUAAAUGUGUUGAGUUAUUUGGAAAAUCAAAUUUCACCUGGCCUUCAGACUAUGUCCUUACUGAGAGACUGUGAGGUACAGCUUUUAACUUCUUUGCAUGUUUACCAUUAUUUUCAGCAGUGGAAUGUCAUUAAUACAUUCAGAGUGCACUAUAUACUGUAUGUACAAUAUGGUCUUAUUCCACUCUUAUCCCACAGUCAGUCCCUCCAAGCUGAAGUGGUGCACCCUGCACCACUUCAGCUUGGAGGGACUGACUGUGGGAUAUUCAUGUUGAUGGUAAGUGAUCAUAUAAUUCAUAUAAAGUCUGUAUGUGCUAAACACUGCAUUUGUUAAUAUAAUAUCAAGAGUUUUGAUGGGAAGCCCUUUGAUUUUUCAGCAGUGAGGAUUUAUCAAUUUCUAGUUAUUGUUCAGCACAAAAGAUUGAAAACACAAUGCCUGUAAUCAGAGGUGGUGCCAUCAGUUACUACAGGCAUUUCCUCUGGGAAGGUAUGAUACUGAUAACUAUACUUUGGAUUAAGAUAUACAUUAUGUGGAUUCCCAGUAUGCAGGUCAUUUGUAAUAAAAAAUUAUGCACACUGGAUUUUUUUUUUACUGUUUUGUCACUUUCUUCAAAGCCAAGAGACAGUCACCAAACAAAUGAUCCAACCGGAUCUAAACGUUAUGGAGGUCACCUCAACUACGAGAAUCCAUGUAUGUAAAGGGCAUGUUUAUGUUUUGUUUGACUAUUGUUUAUGUAAUUACCUUUCCUGUUUCAUAAAAGUGUUUGAGCAGCACUUAAUUACAUUAUUAUUGAAAUGUCUUAUAUUUUUGCACAAAGGACUCGGCCGUGAUGAAACGGAUUCUGUUCACCUGUGACUGGGUGGAGUUCAGAACCCACUUUACUGGGAAAGUUCACUUACCACAGGUCAUAAGGAUGAACAAGGUUGAUUCCUUUUUGGCCAUAACAGUGUGGGACCUGUUUAUUGACACCAUUUUCUAUGAAGGUGAAAUGGAUGAGGACAAAAUCAAGGCUCCCUUCCUUUUCACCUUUGAGAGAAUAGAGGACAUUGAGUUUUUCAUGCAGGAAAUAUGACAAAAGAAAUAUUUGUGUCUUGCGUGCACAACCCUAACCUUUAGUAAGCUAACUGAUGGGGCAGAUCUGGGUACAUUUUGUUUUGUAUUGUCUUGUAGUUUUAGGUUUUGUAAAAUGUCUUGUUUUUUUUAACCAAUUAAAGUUUUGUGGGGGAAAAAAAGUGUUGAAACUUAAUAUACUAAAAUUCAAUUUUGUAUUUUAUAAAUUUUGUUCCUAGAUUGAUUUUUUUUUUUUAAUGUUAGCUGUACAUUUAGCUAAUAAAGGAUAAUAGAAAUAAAAUAAAUACAGCACUUGAAGGCGGUAAAUUAAGCAACACUCCCAGUCUACUAAUAAAUGUUCCUGAAAUGGUUGCCUUGCUACUAGUCUCAGAGCACAGUUGUCCUCUUGAUUUUUUCUUUAGUGUGACACGUGGCUGGUUUUAGACUACUGGACCGGUUACUUAUUACCAUUUGAUUAAGAUAUGGAGUGAGUCCAUCCAAAAUUAUAUUCCAUCUAAUUUAUAUUCACACAUUCAUUUUUGUUUUUGUGGUGGAGAUCCUAAGUGUACAUUUAAAAGGAAUAAAUUACAUAAGACAAGCAAAUAAGUGAUAAUCUCAUAUGUUUAAUUUUAUCUAUCUUUUUUUAAAAUUAGAAUUAAUUGUUAGAGGAUUAAAUAAGCUUUA